CCUGCGAUAUCCAAUCCUUUCUUGUCUACGAUCUUCACGCACGAUACCCGCAUUUUUUGUACACAAAAUUUAUGGCUUACAAUCCGAAAACGCCCUGCAAUUCAGCUCGUCAGCGGGCACGCUCCCUGACCAGGACGCCCCUGACGGCCUCUGGUAUUUCAGGAGUGAACGGAUACUCCUUGCAUACCUCGCCGAGCAAGAAUAAAGCGGAUCUUACAAAUCCAUUCGUUAGUACCGGCAAGCCUGGAAGCAGCAGUCGUACAGCCUCACCGGCCAAGCGUGGUACCUCUGGUACAGCCGAGGUCACAGAACGUCUGCGACGGCAGGCCAGCAACGGCCUCAUCCGAAAGGGAGGCGUGGAAAGUAGGAUUGACGUGGUGACCCGUGACUACGUGCCUCCACCAAAGACAGAGACCCGCAGGUCGAAGUCGCAACCUGCUGUGAACUGGCGGCCGCAGAGGGAUACCCGGGAUCGCUUUAUCACAACACGAGAGACCGCAGUGGAUGAGGUCGCUGCCUCCUUGGACAUGAUGAAUCUGAACACCGAGCCGUCUUCACCAGGGCACACUGCAAGGCUUGCAGCAGCAGCAGGUGUACCCCUUAACAAACGCAUCCUCGCGUACCACGAACCCCCACCACCAUCCUCGUCAGAUUCACUUCUUUCGCAACAAAGAGAGCUUGUCCGCCCGCUGUAUGCGCGUCCCGGCGCACUCCCUACCUCCACCUCGUCCACGACAAGCAAAGCCCGCAAAAUCCCAACGCAGCCGGAACGUGUGCUAGACGCCCCAGGCAUUGUCGACGACUUUUACCUCAAUGUUCUCGCCUGGAGCUCACAAAACACCCUUGCAGUGGCCUUGGAGACAACAACGUACGUCUGGAGGGCCGACACGGGCGAGGUCGUUGAGCUCGGCGAGGCUCCCGAAGGCUCAUAUGUCUCCUCGCUCGACUUCUCCGCAGACGGCCAGUUCCUCGGUGUUGGUCUCGGAACAGGUGAAGUCGAGCUCUGGGAUGUCGAAACACGGACCAAGCUGCGUACGAUGGCUGGCCACAGCCUGCAGGUCGCUUGUCUUUCGUGGAACCAGCACGUCCUUAGCUCCGGCUGUGGCGACGGCAGCAUUUGGCACCACGACGUGCGUGUCGCGCGGCACAAGGUCGGGGAGCUGUUGGGGCACGAAGGCGAGAUUUGUGGGCUCAAGUGGCGCGAGGAUGGCGAGCUCCUGGCAAGUGGUGGCAACGACAAUGUUGUGAACGUCUGGGACGGGCGUAUCGGUGACGUGAACGUGGCCUCUGGGUCUCGCAGCACGCCAAGGUGGACAAAGCGGAACCAUACCGCCGCUGUUAAGGCUGUUGCCUGGUGCCCAUGGCAGCCCUCUCUGCUCGCAACAGGCGGCGGCACGAACGACGCGGCAGUACACAUCUGGAACACGACGACGGGCGCGCGGCUACAUUCGCUCGUGACGCCCUCCCAAAUUACUUCGAUCCACUGGGCGCCGCACCGCAAGGAGUUCGUUACGACGCACGGCUUCCCGACGAACGCGCUCAUGGUGCACAGCUACCCAACAAUGGAGCGCAUUGCCGAAAUCCGCGACGCCCACGAUUCGCGCGUGCUCUGGAGCGCUGUUGGUCCGGCGGGAGAUGUCCUCGUUACAGGUGCCGGCGACGAGAACCUCAAAUUCUGGCGACUGUGGGAGGUGCCAAAGGUGAAGAAGAGCAAGGAGCCGAAAGACAGCAUCAAGUCGAGUACUCAGGCCGGGAUCCUGGCCAUCCGAUAAGCAGACUGUUUGCAGUAUCUAUCUAACCGCUGUCUUGCGACUAGUACCACCUUGUUUACAAUCUUGUUGGUCGGCAUACUGUACGUGCCUCGCGAUACAUAGUCCCGAGGGCGCUUCAAGCGUACCCUACAAUGUCCAAAGAAUCUACAAGCGGAUCUGCAAGCGAAUCUACUGUGUCUCGCCUGCGGGCUUCUCCUGCACUUGGCCUUGAGCUGGCCAAUCGUCGUUCACGAACCUAUGUUGUUCUUUCUUGCCCCAGUCGCGCAGAUGCUCGAGCGUCGGGUCGGGCACGGCCCGUGCGAGGUAGCGCGAGAGGUGGUUGCGCUCCUGGCCGA